CGCCCCUCGGCCCCGCCCCGCCCCCGCCCGCCGAAGUCUGCGCGCGAAUUCAGUGGCGCGAAUUUGGGGCCGCAGUCGAGCGCCGAGUGGUUCCGGGUGUGGCGCCCAGGACAGCGGCGCGCGGAGCCGGCGCGAGGGGCAGCUGACCGGAGAGGAGGAGGCGGAGGAGAGGGGAGGGGAGAAUUCUGACGCCAUCAUGCAGCGAAGUAUCAUGUCAUUUUUCCACCCCAAGAAAGAGGGCAAAGCAAAGAAGCCAGAGAAGGAAGCGUCCAACGGCAUCAGAGAGACGGAACCCCCUCCAAAGGUGGCGCUGAAGGAGCGGAAUGGAGUGGUGCCCGAGGGCGACUCUCCAGUGAAGAGGCCAGGGAGGAAGGCAGCCCGGGUCCUGGGCAGCGAAGGGGAGGAGGAGGACGAGGCCCUCACGCCCCCCAAAGACCAGAAGCCUGCCCCGGACUCUCCGAAAGUCUCCCCUCCCAGUCCUGAGAGCACCCCUGCCCUCUGCAGCGCCUCUCCUGCGCGCGUCUCCCCGUCAGGGAUCCCGAAGCGCCGCACAGCUCGGAAGCAGCUUCCUAAACGGGCGAUUCAGGAUGUCCUGGAAGAUCAGAGCGAGGACGAGGACAGGGAAGCCAAGAGGAAGAAGGAGGAAGACGAAGCAGAGACCCCGACAGAAAGCCUCACAGAGCCUGAAGUGGCCAAAAGGAAGGAAGUAGAAGAGAAGGACCGGCCCAUGACGCCCCCAGAGCUCCCAGAGAACUCCACAGAGCCCCCGACGGACAGCGUUGCCGAGCCUGAGGGGGCCGUGAAGCAGGAGCCGCAGGAGGACCAGCCUCAGCCUCCUCCCAGAGCCCCCAAGACGCUCAGCAGCUUCUUCGCCCCCCGGAAGCCUGCAGUCAAAAAAGAAGUGAAAGAAGAGGAGGGGUCCGGCGCCCCGAGAAAGGAGGAGACCAAGGGACCCCUGGACCCUCCCAGCUACAAUCCUGCCAAGAACAACUACCAUCCCGUCGAAGACGCCUGCUGGAAGCCGGGCCAGAAGGUCCCUUAUCUGGCGGUGGCCCGGACGUUUGAGAAGAUCGAGGAGGUUUCUGCGCGGCUCCGGAUGGUGGAGACGCUGAGCAACUUGCUGCGCUCCGUGGUGGCCCUGUCACCCCCAGACCUGCUCCCCAUCCUCUACCUCAGCCUCAACCGCCUUGGGCCGCCCCAGCAGGGCCUGGAGCUUGGCAUCGGGGACGGCAUCCUUCUCAAGGCCGUGGCCCAGGCCACAGGUCGGCAGCUCGAGUCUGUCCGGGCUGAGGCCGCCGAGAAGGGCGACGUGGGCCUGGUGGCCGAGAGCAGCCGCAGCACGCAGAGGCUCAUGCUUCCCCCGCCCGCCCUCACCGCCUCUGGGGUCUUCACCAAGUUCCAGGACAUCGCCCGGCUCGCUGGCAGCGCUUCCACAACCAAGAAGAUGGACGUCAUCAAAGGCCUCUUUGUUGCCUGCCGCCACUCAGAAGCCCGGUUCAUCGCCAGGGCCCUGAGUGGACGGCUGCGCCUCGGGCUGGCAGAGCAGUCGGUGUUGGCCGCCCUGGCCCAGGCCGUGAGCCUCACACCCCCGGGCCAAGAAUUCCCCCCGGCCGUGGUGGAUGCUGGGAAGGGCAAGACACCAGAGGCCAGAAAAACAUGGCUGGAGGAGCAAGGCAUGAUCCUGAAGCAGACGUUCUGUGAGGUGCCCGACCUGGACCGGAUCGUCCCCGUGCUGCUGGAGCAUGGCCUGGAACGCCUCCCGGAGCACUGCAGGCUGAGCCCAGGGGUCCCCCUGAAACCAAUGUUGGCACACCCCACCCGGGGCGUCAGUGAGGUCCUGAAACGCUUCGAGGAGGCAGCCUUCACCUGCGAGUACAAAUACGAUGGGCAGAGGGCUCAGAUCCAUGUCCUGGAAGGCGGGGAGGUGAAAAUCUUCAGCAGGAAUCAGGAGGACAAUACCGGAAAGUACCCCGACGUCAUCAGCCGCAUCCCCAAGAUUAGACUCCCGUCAGUCACGUCCUUCAUCCUGGACACUGAAGCCGUGGCCUGGGACCGGGAAAAGAAGCAGAUCCAGCCAUUCCAAGUGCUCACCACCCGCAAGCGCAAGGAGGUGGACGCCGCGGAGAUACAGGUGCAGGUGUGUCUGUACGCCUUCGACCUCAUCUACCUCAAUGGAAAGUCCCUGGUGCGGGAGCCCCUUUCCCGACGCCGGCAGCUGCUUCGGGAGAACUUCGUGGAGACGGAGGGCGAGUUCGUCUUCGCCACCUCCCUGGACACCAAGGACACGGACCAGAUCGCCGAGUUCCUGGAGCAGUCGGUGAAAGACUCCUGCGAGGGGCUCAUGGUGAAAACCCUGGAUGUCGACGCCACCUACGAGAUCGCCAAGAGGUCGCACAACUGGCUCAAGCUGAAGAAGGACUACCUCGAUGGCGUGGGCGACACCCUGGACCUCGUGGUGAUCGGCGCCUACCUGGGCCGGGGGAAGCGGGCCGGCCGCUACGGGGGCUUCCUGCUGGCCUGCUACGACGAGGAGAGUGAGGAGCUGCAGGCCAUAUGCAAGUGUGGCUGCAGGAGCUCCAGCCAUCAUGGCCAUGUGUGCUCCAAGCAGCAGGAAGGAGGAGGCCGAUGGGCCACCUGAAUCAGCCUCAGCCAGUGAACAACUUCUGCUUAAGUUACGUUGAUCAGAACUUUGCUCCAUGGCCCACCCCCAUCUGCAAGGGAGCCUGGGAAACAUGUAGUGGUUUUUGUUUCUGUUACGAGCUGCACACGUUGUUGAUCCAAAAAAUCGGGGGCUUUUGCCACAGAACCAGAGUAAAGUAUUACCCACAACUCUACUGCCCAGAGGCAACCACUAGUAAUAUUUGAGGGGAUGUUUUAUUUUUACUUUUACAAAGUUGUGCUUCUAUAUGAGUAAUUUUCUUUUCUGUGUAUUACCCUGUAAAUACUGUAUUUGAAAUGCCGUCCGGUGGAUUUAAGUAAUGUAGUGAUAAGAAAUGUCAGUGUUUUCAUUUGCCAUUCAGGGCUUUUAUGAACAGGACUUGAAUGCCAGAGGUUUUCACGUAGAUGUGCCCCCGUUUCCCACACCAGCUCCCCGUGCUUAGGGGGUUCUCUUGUCGCCCGCUGUGUUCUGAUGACUGAGUCAGCCCUGCACGGACGUUAACCCGUGUAGUCUGGGGGAGAGGUGAUUUUACAGUUCACGCCCAUCUGUCUGUCACCACUUCCCAUUAUUUAUUUAGAACAGAUUUUUAAAAGAGCUAUUGCCAGGGCAACAGGUGAGAAAAAUUCUAAGGCUCUCAGUAUAGAAAGGGGUUUCCCGUUGAAGUUUUGUAUCUGGUGUUUGAAGAUGCCCACCUCGCUGCAGGGUUGCAGGUGAGGAAUGUUUUUGAACCUUGACUGUUUUGGUAGAUGGAAGAAAACUCUUGGGUUAAGAUGGGAGACUGUGUGGGUUUUGGGGCUGGUGGGAUGCGGGGGAGCCCAAGGGAGCGACUUGCUGGGCCAGAGAGCCCGGAGCAGAGGGGGCGACGGAGAGCAGCUGGGAGAGCGACCCCAUCCCGGUCGGCGGCGAUGCUCCUCCGUCGGCUGCAUGCUCAGCAUCCCCCGGCCCUUCAGCUCUGGGUUCUGCGGACACUGGUCAGGCCGCAGAGGGUGCGGCCCACUGGUGCCUGCAGAUUUGGGUCCUUGGGAGCCAGGAGGAGGCGCCGAGCUGCUGACGUCCCUUGUCCUCC